CUUUCGAUGUUAACAUCGAUGUCCUGCACCUUUGCCCAGCACUAAACUGCGCGAGCGGGUGUUCAUCUUCGAGAGCUGGCAACCCUGAUUAUAACCUAUAUGUUUUGUUUAUUCUUUUGAAUUAUUACUAAUUAUUACUUUAUCAGAGAUUUAUUACAAAGUUACAGACAAUGUAAAGCAAAUUUAUAAAGAAUAAAGAGCUUUGUGGUCUUUGUGUACAAUAGCCGCCAUGAAAGUGUUGGAAAUAGUUUUAAGGAUUUUUCUUCUUAGUUUGGGAAUAACCAUGAUCUAUACCGAUCAAUGUACAGAUUUAAGAAAUAGAUUCGCCAACGCAUCUUCUGAAUUUAUUAGUUGUUCUAUUAAUUAUUCAAGACCUAUUAAAUUUUGCGAAAAUUGUGUUCAACAAUAUAUCUAUUUGCUAGAAAGUUACUCUAAUAUGUCCAAGUUCCCUGCCAAUGAUACUCCAUGUUUAAAUCACUUUAUAAAUCUAGAUCGAUUAGGCAUAGUGGAAACUUUAUUUGAAAAUAGUAAAAAUUUAUGGAGUCGAGCAAAGUGUUAUGAAUGUUUUGUCACUUCUAAUGGUGUUCCCUCAACCAAUGUUUCUGAUGAAACAUUGAAAUUUAAUGGAUAUUACAAUAAUUUUAACAAUUGCAUUACAACUAAUUCUAGUAAUAUAUGUUCAAAAUGUAUGGAGUAUUAUACAGAUCUACAAAGUUAUUAUGUCAGUAUAAGCAAUGAAAACGAGAAAAUUGGUGUUUGUAUGGACAUUGUUGAUGUGAUGAAUGAUACUUGGAUAUAUUGGGGAGUUAAAUGUUGUAAAUUCCGAAAGCACAAUGAAUAUAUUUUUAUAUGUUCUACAGUUAUGGUAUUUAUUCUGACUGUGUCUUAUUAUAUAUUAAUAAAAUUAUAUACAACCAAGAAUUCUCCAACUAUAAUACAGCAAUCGAGGUUUGCCAAAGUACUUAACAGUUUAAGUACAUAAAAUAAGUUGUGGUAACUAAAUACAAUAUGAUCGAAAAAAAAACGGCGUCAGCAAUGGCUAUGAAAUGAAGAUCGCUAUCUCGCUGAAAAUUAUAUGGGGACUGUCAUUUAUAUUCAUUUCCAAGCCACUUGGACACAGUUUUUUUUCGAUCAUACAGUAUUUAUAGUGUGUCUGUUAGGUAAAUACGUUAAAAAUGUAUAUAUACAUCUCUAUUUAUAAUAAUUAAUCUUUACAGAAAACUAGUGAUAGAAUAAAUAAUAAAAUGACUUGUGAUAUUAAAUGGUAUAUAAUAAAUACAUAUCUUAACAAUAAGAA